GCUACGUUUCCUUGUUUUCCGGCCAUCUUCGCAGUGGGCACUGAGCCAGUUAGUACAAGUAUAAUAUCAUCACUCCAAGAACUGUAAUUAAUCAGCUAGUAACUCAGGAUGACAAGCUGCGAGCAACAGUCCUCAGCUGGACUGCUGUGUGAAUAGGACUCUCUGCCAAAGUCUAUCAUUUCAUUUCCGACUUUAUCUGCCAAGUACACCGGCCGCAAAGAUGGAAUUCUUUGCCUCGAAUUAAAUAUCGAUCUACAAAUUCCAUUAAGUAGGCGUAGAGAGCGUACUAUUGCUUGGAGAUGUCGAUGAACGGUUUCUUUAUCCUCUUUCUGUUCCUGGCCACAAAUAUAUCUUCYGUACUUCCCCGAAUCUUAGAAUGUACAGAGGCCAUACAAGGAGACGUACUGCUGUCUCGUUACCAGCAGACUGUACCCGGAGGUCGAAGAGUAAGAAGAGCCGUUACUUCAGUCAAGUCAGAAAUUUGGCCCAACAACACGAUUCCAUAUGUGAUUGGUUCUGGAUUCUCUGAAUGGGCAAAGCUGCAGAUCAAGAAGGCAAUAAGAAUAUGGCAGAAACACACAUGCAUUAAAUUCGUUCCUCGAACCAAUGAGACYGACUACACUGAGAUAAGAAGAGUAUCUGGCUGCUGUUCUACAGUCGGUCGUCAGGGUGGAGUGCAGCACCUGUUGCUAGGUUACGGCUGCCACACCCUUCYCAUCAUCCUACACGAGUUAGGUCACCUGGUAGGGUUCUGGCACGAACAAAGCCGACCUGAUCGAGACGACUACGUGGUGAUUCUUUAUGAAAACAUUCAACCAGGACAGACGCAUAAUUUUGGAAAGCAAUUCUCGACUCAUCCUUUGGAUCAGCCUUUUGACUACAGAUCCAUAAUGCUUUACGGAACCAACGUGUUCAGCAGAAAUAACCGACGAACCCUUAAGCCUAGGAUAUCUACGUAUAACCUGAAAGAACAAGGCUUCGACUACUUCUAUGCGCACACGCGUGGCGGCGCGUCGUCGCUUAGUAAGAGUGAUAUCCUACAAGCGAACUUGCUCUACAAGUGCCCUUAUGUUCACGAAAACGGUGGUAUCCUAGUUGGCUCUACAGGUAAUUUGACGUCACCAAACUUCCCCAAACCGUAUCCAAAGCAACGGGACUUUACCUGGACUAUUUUGGCGGCCGAUUUCAAAACCACUCAAAUGCUCACCCUCACCAUUGAAAAAAUCAACGUUGGAGUUCAAGACCCGGAUGGUGAAUGCCGAGGUGAUUAUAUAGAAGUACGAAAGGGCAAAGGUCAACUGGCACCAUAUUUGGCAAAGUACUGUGGUAGUGAAGUACCUCGUGUUCUGGCAGUCUUUCACGACAGUUUAUUUAUAAAGCUACACUCGACGAACUCAACGAAGAGAACAACUAACCCUACGGUAGCUGCUCAUCAACCACUGUAUGGCUGGCGUAGAAGAAUUGUGAGUGAAGUUGAGCCUGUUGGAUUUACGUUGCGGUAUAAAGUCAGCGACUGCAAGCACGUGUUGACUGACCUGAACGGCACCAUCACAAGUCCAUACUAUCCCUCCAUAUACACCAGGGACAUCGACUGUAUCUGGCAAAUAUCAGCUCCUGUAGGCUACAGAAUCCACAUCACUUUCGAAGACUUUGAUUUCCGUCAAGUUGACAUCGACCAUGGCUGCCUGGACUACCUGGAAAUGAGAGAGGGCAAUGAGGGAGUUUCCUCCAAGUUCCUUAGUCUCAAUUGUGGGAGGAAUUUCCCAAAGGACAUCGUGUUACAGACMAACCACCUGAGGCUUUUCAUGCAUUCAGACUCACAAGACGCCAAAAGAGGACAGGGGUUUAAGGCGCAUUACAAGGCGGUGGAUAUUGAUGAGUGUCAAGAAACAGCCAACAUAUGCGAGCAAGGCUGUUUGAACAYAGCAGGGGGGUACAUGUGUGGAUGCAGGAGCGCUUAUCGUGCUGUUUUCACUGAUUCUAACCAAAUMAAAUGUGUAGAUAUUGACGAAUGCGAGAAAGAAAAUGGCGGUUGUUCCCACAUCUGCAUCAACACACAGGGCAGUCAUUUCUGUAGCUGCCCUACAGGUUAUUAUCUGGACAACGAUAAAAGAACUUGUGUAGAUUCAGAUGAAUGUAGAUUGUCUAUUUGCUCGCAAGGAUGUAUCAAUACUCCAGGGAGUUUCGAAUGCUCCUGUAAGUACGGUUACGCACUCGAUCCAGACAUGAAAACCUGUAAACUAGCUAUCCCAAUGUGCACCGGGGUGCUAUCCUCCCUCGUUGGGAAAUUCACAUCACCACACAUUCCUUCCUGGUUCCAAGGCACCGUMGACUGUGAGUGGACGAUACGAGUGCGUCAGCGGUAUACCAUAGGAAUGAACUUGAAAUUAUCGUGGUCACGUGAUCAGAAGUGUCGGAAUUACAUAAAGAUUUUUAUUAACGARGGUUCGGGCAUGCGCACAUUGAAGCUGUGCGGUCAGCAGGAUGUUGAUGGGCUUCUCCACUUCAAAGCAGACGAACUGAGGGUUCACUAUCAUAUUGAGGCACCAUAUCCAGAGGGGUUUUCUCUGAGUUAUCACAUGCGACCCAAGAAAGAUCAGCUCUGUGGAGGCACCUUUUAUGGUCUCAAAGGAACAUUACAGUCACCUCGAUAUCCUUCACCUUAUCCAAGCCGUUCCAAUUGUCUGUGGAAGAUCCAAGGACGACAAGGAAAGAAAGUUUUCCUGUCAUUUGAAAUGUUUGAUUUAGAGAAUGAUAGACAGUGUAAAUAUGAUUAUUUAGAUAUACAAAUGAAAUAUAAUUCCACUACGAAAAUGCGCCCCAUUGGACGGUUCUGUGGUACAAUGAAACCCCCUUUGAUAGGCGCUCGUGGAGGGGAAUUGUGGGUUAAAUUURUAUCAGAUGGUACUGUACAAAGACGAGGUUUUAUAGCGAAGUAUUACUACAACUAACUGGUUUUACCUAAGAAAAARACUGUAAUGCAUAAUUUAAAGCUUACUAAGCAUACCACCCUAUUUUAACUUAAAAUUAAAACAAAUAAUUAUAAAACUACGUAUCUUAUUUUACUCACCCAAAUGCCUAGCUGCUGAUCAAGACAACCAAAUUCCGAGAUGUUUUUAGCCUUUGGGCUACCUGUGGAUAUUUUACCACAGCUAACCCAAUUACAACGUGUCUGCGGCGCGGGGGUUCUAAAUUGCCACGUUUUAAGAGUGAAAAGAUCAAGUUCAAAUCCGGUUCUCUAUUGUUUCAAAACACCUAAAUGCCCAUUAAAUUUUUUACACAAGAAAGCGGUAUGAAUCAUUAACGAAUUUCCUUUGUUUUGAAGCAGGUUGUCAUCAACCAUUUUUGUCAGUUUCGGAUCUCAAUGAURCAUUACUUGUCACACACCCCUUUAACUUUUUAUAUAGUUCAAGUAUGUCGAACUUAAAAGCUUAACUUUUUUCAUACUUCCUCGUUAAUUACAUUUUUUUCUUUGGGAUAUGUAGAUAGUCUUGUAAACAAAAUCUCACAUCCUAUUUUACAUAACCCUCAAUAUUAAAGUACCUGUUUUCUAGAGUCAAAUUUUGUAACAAUGACCCUCAUGGUGAUGUAAGAGUCCAGCAUUAUUAUUAUAUAUAAAACACAACACAGGUUUA